AUGGCUUCUUCCACUGUCAACUCCGCCCCCGUUGCGAACAGUCCUUCCGGUAAUGCAUCGACACAGAACUCGGGCUCCCGGCCUUCGCUGAGGCCUAGCACAAAUUCCAAGUCGUCGGAUGGCAGACGACAAACUGGCAGCCCAGCCGACGGCGGCCAGAGACGCAGCAAUUCUCAGAAGGCCUGGACCCAAGGCACGAACCCAAUUACCCAGCGUCCCUCUUUUCCUCAGCAGAACGGAAACAUGACCCAAAAGCCAUCGUCUCCUCCUAAGCCCGCCGCAAAGGAGUCAAAUACCCCAGAUAACCACGCUCACGACCGCCUCCUGUUCUUAGUUACUAGCUUCAUUGGACUUGCCGCUACCGUUACUACGCGAAAUGGCGACGAAUACACUGGCAUAUUCUCUUCCUCAUCUCUUGAAUCCAACGAGUCUUCGAUCACUCUCAAGAUGACACAACGACAAUCCAAACAAGACCAGUCUCGAGCUAACGGAGUAAGCGAUGCCACUAGUCCAUUCUUUGGGUCGGCACCAGAGCAUAUCAUGACGUUCAACAUGAACGACGUGCUUGAUGUUUCUGUAUCCAAUGUCACGACGACUGACGUGCUGGCAAAACCUAAUGGAGCCUCUACUGGUUUCAGGACAGAUGCCGAUAUCUCCGGAAAUCUUGCCAUGCGGGAACGAACGUUGAAGCGUUGGGAACCCGCAGCGGAUACAGACACCGACCUGUCUCUUGAGAGCACUUCGACCGCUAAAAAGACCUGGGAUCAGUUCGAAACAAAUGCCAGGCUUUUCGGUGCUACAAGCAGUUAUAACGAGGACAUGUAUACUACCCGCAUUGACCGCUCGGACCCGACCUAUAAGCAAAAGGAAGCUGAGGCUGCCCGCAUUGCUCGUGAAAUCGAGACUAGUGAUGUGGACAAUGCACACAUUAGAGAGGAGCGAGGGCUUCAGGCACCGGAUGGCGGCGAUGAGGAAGACAAGUACAGUGGUGUACGUCGGGACGAAAAGAAUUUCACCCCAUUGGCUUCUGGCCAGCCGAACAAAUACACACCACCUGCGCUCAGGAGUUCCAACCAACUAACUGCUGCCGCUCCGCCAUACACAAGCUCUGUCAAGCGUGCGACCAGCACAAAAGAACACCCGGUCACGACGCUACCAGCCAAGGACAUUACUUUACAGCAGCCUCCUGCGGCACCCGCGACGAACGCCGGCUCUGCUGCCGACGAGGUUGCCGCUCCUAAAGCAUCCUCUACCACUCCUGGUGGCGCGAAAGGUGGGCCCCCCGAUAAUAACUACGAGAUUGAAGUCGUGGACCGGUUCCGUAUUUUCGCAAAUAAUGAGAGAUCCAAGUUGGACCAACGGCGCCGUAACCAGGCUGCUCACGACCGAACGAUCAAGCUCAACGAGCUGAUGAAGUUUUCCCAAAAUUUCAAACUUGCUACUCCAGUCCCGAAGGACUUGGUACCCAUUCUCGCCAAGGACCCGCAUAAACAGGAAGCGAUUGUCCAGCGAGCCCAGCUGAGCUCCGACGAUAAGACACCUCAGUCUACUGCUAGCACGCCCGCCGUUGAACACAAAAAGCCCGCAGACCAAACCCAGUUACCGGCCCGUCAGGAAAGCGGCUCAGCACAAGCACAAGCACAAGCAGAUCGUCCUACCUAUCCUCGUGGCCGCCAAGGUUACCCCCCAACUGGUCCUCAGGGUUCCGGAGGUCGAUUCCAGCAGCAACCCUUUUACCAGAAUCGUCAAGCAACGGGAAUGCUCGGGCACCGCCUCGCCGACAAUCUCCAGCAGCGGAAGGGCGCGCCUUCAGGGCCAGUUCCAAAUCCGUUGCCCACUCAAGAGCCACGCGCUGGAACUACCAACGACCAGUCGAAUAUUUCCAGUCCCACAAAGACUCUCACUCCUUCGUCGUCUGCGUCAAAGUUUAACGUGAAGGCCAUGGAAUUCAAGCCGAACCCCGCGGCCAGUACAUUCACGCCUGGUGCAUCAAACCCACCGGCCUUUUCAAAGCCUGACUCGCGCGCCAAGAGCCCUUCUGCUUUCUUUGGUGCGAAAAAACCGCGCCCUAUCUCCGAGCGACCGUCUCUGAAGGAUCAAUUCAACCCCAUAAAGCGUAUGAAGAAAGAAAGCGCAGAGCAGACCGACCGGGACUAUACUUCCAACGGUGGCAUUCCCUUCGCUUACAACACUCUCCCCACCUGGAAAGCUGCCAACAGUCCAGAGGAAGAGAAGAGUUAUGUGCAGAUGUUCAAAUCAUCGCCCACUUCUCCUCAGAGUCGAUCCGCCUCGAAUCCACAGAUGCCACACCAGCCACACCUGCCCUACCAGUUCCAGCAGACUUCAACUAUGCCUCCCGCCUCUGGCCCUCCUCACGGGCCCCACCUUCACCCUCAACAACACCAUGGGUCUGGCCCGCCGCACUUCGAUGAUCCCCACCGUAUGCAAAUGUCUGCAUCCACAUCCCAAAUGUUCCCCUCUCCAAGGCUUCAACAUGGAUAUCCAUCACCUAUGGCACCACAUGCACAGCUUGCGUACGGCCAGCAACCCGUUCCUCAAUUCUAUAUGAACCAGGGUGGGCCGCAGGCAGCUCACAUGAGGCCUUAUCAAGGAGCUCCUCAAUUUGUCAACCCACAAGCUGGCAUGUCAGCGCCUAUGAUGGUGCAACAACCCUCGAGUGGGCCAUAUAUGGGAGUUCCCCAGGCUCCGUUCCAGCCGCAAAUGCCAAUGUAUUCACCAACCCCAGGUCAUGUCUAUCCCCAUGGCCCACCACCCCAACCACAUGGCGGUUACCCUAGUCCUAGCCGUGGCGCACCGGUUAUGAUGCAUCAGAACUCUCAACCUGGUCAACCUCCGCAGCAUGUUAUGUACAUGUCUCCUGGGCAACAUCAGCAACCGGUGUACCCUGGACAGCAGCCAGGUCACAUGCCGCCCGCGCGAGGCAACUACCCUCAACAACAACCACACUUCCAAUCUGGCCCUCAUCAGACACAUCACUACGGACCGCCCCAUCAGCAGCACCGUACACCAAGCAGCGGCUUCACGGUGCCUCAAAUUCCUCCUCCAAUGGCUGCUCAACCGCCUCCGGCAUCUGGAACCCAGGCCCAGGAGACCGCGGAAGAAUCUAAAUGA